CUGACUUUAGCUCCAUUUCCGCCGCAUAUUGCUCUCAAGCCUCAACCUCAGGACAACUUGAUCUGAGGGACUGUGGAGCGUUUAUUCCUUGUCUUUUCUUGCCUCAUGAGCCCUUUAACCCCCCGUCAAAUUGUUCCCCUCUAAUCACGCGGCUGUAGACCUGAAGAGCCCGACAAGGUUUAUGAAGAAAGCUCAGGAGCAGCAUUGUCGGUCGAGAGAGAUGAAGAGGAUCGACAGGUAACUAACUAUCAGUGGCAGUGGAGCAAUUCAUCUUAUCCAAGAACCAAGAUCCUUGACCCCAGCUUAAUCUUGAACUAAGCUACUUAAUAAUGGGGCUAACAAGGUUGUUGCAUGAAACCAUCGCUGUGCUCUACCCCGCUGCCAACACUACUCCAAGAUCAGAUAUCCCAUGUAGACCCAGACUCGCUCGAAGUCAAUGCCACAGCCGAGUCCGGAACCUCUCCACCGAUGCAAGGCGAGCCCAACCAGAGCUUAACAAACACGAAGUUCCCUGAAUCGGUGACUCAAUCUAGUCUUCUCUUCUGGAACAUUUCUUCUCUUUGACAUUCUUCCGCCCAACUUCUCCAUCUCCUGUUGUUUUCAUCUGCCCUCUUUCUUUCCAUAUACAGUCGAAGCUCCCACGGAGUUUCACCCCCUUCUCAGCCUCCGUCAUCUUGUUGCCUGGGCUUCAACCCAAAUUGCCGCCAGGGGGCAAUCUGGCUCGGUUUGUGUUGAAACGGUCACAUAUAUCAUGGAAUAUUUCGACUUCGAACAAGCAGCCCUGGAUGACGAUGUUGACUCUAAUUGCCAAGUGAUCGAUGAAUCUGACUUUAUUGAGAAGUAUGAUACUUUAAUUGUUGAAGACGCACCUGUGCUCCCCUCUCCCGUGCCGCCCACCACCGCACAGCCUGAUAACUCUCAAGAACAAGAAGCGCUCCCAAGCAUACUUGAUAGGGGUGUCUUUCCUGUCACCCGGGCUGAGGAGCCCUGCGAUCUGUGUCGUUCCCGAGGCCUUGACUGUUUCAUGGCACAACGGGGUGUGAUGCAGAACAACGGUUGUACAUGCUGUAUCUCUCUCUACCGUGAAUGCAGUUUCACACGGACUAAGCCUCAUGAAAACGGAUUGGAUACGUUACAUGUUGUCUCCGAAGACAGCUACGUGCCAAUCGGCAGCUUCACAGGCAAGAAACUUUUAAGGUCAUUUCAUGGUGGCACCUGCAGUACCACUUUUGAGGAAACGGAACCGAGCGGACGAAAGAGUGGCUCCAGAUUCCCAAGAGAAGCUAUUCGGGUCUUAAAGGCGUGGCUCACGGAGCACGCCAGCCAUCCCUAUCCCUCAGACAAGGAAAAAGACGAAUUGAAGUUGAAGACAGGCCUAAAGCGUAGCCAGAUCUGCAAUUGGCUUGCAAAUGCCCGUCGUCGAGGCAAAGUCCGACCAUCGCUACGCGAUCGCUCUCCUCCACCCACGGGGGCUCUGGAUAUUCCACGAAAACAGCUAGCUCCAGGAGUCGAUAUUUCCGAAUUGACUCCCCUUGAACGUUGGAAGCAUUCGCCCCCUGAACACGAACCUGCGUCAGCCACAGAUAUUAUCCGAGCCAUGGCAAAUGCACCGUUCGCUCCGGAGCGGAAUCCGUCCAGUGGCGGGGAGAAAAAUCCCUCCAGUGCUGGCCGUUUCCGCGCGCAUUCUCGACAAACGGGUUCGAGCACUGACGGUUCAGGUCUUUCCAAUGUACUUCCCGCCCGGUCGGUGAGUAGCUACAGUUUGGACACGACACAAUCCAGUAUUUCCGAUAUGUCUUUCGCAUCCGCCUUCUCUCAUCGCUCGUCCCGCGCCUCGUUCAACUCUUUUGACGGAAAAGACCGCCGUAGACGUCGCCAUAAAUCUGCAGUUGGGCAAAAUGCGUUUCAAAAUGCCCGGGCUGCUCGAAUUUUCCAAUGCACUUUCUGCACUGAUUCAUUUAGUACCAAAUAUGAUUGGCGACGGCACGAGAAGUCAUUGCAUCUUGCGUUGGAGAAAUGGACAUGUACGCUGCAGGGAGGGGUUGUCACAAUAAAUGGCGCAGUCGUCUGUGCUUUUUGCAAAAGCCCCAACCCAGAUGACGACCACCUUGAGUCACAUAAUUUCAAAGCUUGCCAGGAGAAGUCCCUUCAGGAACGGACCUUCUAUCGAAAGGACCACCUCAGUCAACAUCUCCGUCUGAUGCAUCGUGUAAAGUUCGGCUCUUGGAUGGAAAGCUGGAGAAGUGCGACUACGGAGAUCCGGUCCCGCUGUGGGUUUUGCUCCGCCAUAUUUAAUACCUGGAAAGAUCGUGUCGAUCAUCUCUCAAUUCAUUUCAAAGCUGGUAAUGAUAUGUCGCAGUGGAAAGGUGACUGGGGUUUCGAACCUAGCGUUCAGCGGCUUGUCGAAAAUGGCAUGCCUCCAUAUCUAAUUGGAGAAGAACGAAAGACACCAGAUCCGUGGGUCGCUAGACCUCCGGCGAAGAAAUCCAGUUAUGAUGCACUAAGGAGAGGUUCAAAUCCCGGCUCCAGCGCUGAGUCAGGUGACAUCCCUGUCCCGGGAGACGCAAAUUGUUUCCGCCGCCUAGGGAUUGAACUCUCCGCGUAUAUCAGCCGCCAGGUUGCCAGUGGCAUCAUUCCGACAGAUUCGGACAUCUUGAGCGAAGCCCGACAAAUCGUAUAUGGAUCUGACGACCCGUGGAACCAAACUUGUGCCGACAAUCCGAUAUGGCUAUCUAUUCUCAAGCGAGACAACGGCCUGUGUGAACCCCCAGGAGUCGAAAAUAUCCAGCUAGAUGACUUGGGCAUGCAGCCGCCCUUCGCUGCCCCUGGACUCUCCCAACCCCCUAUGCAUAAAUUUCUGACCAUCCCGCCUAACCUCACCAAUGCUGGUGUCAACAGUUCCGGGUUCCAAAGCCCAGCAUUCUACAGCACCAGUUUCAAUUCUGGAGCUCCGAGCAUCCACGGCAGUUUCAUGGACAGCGCCACGGGAAGCGUGGGUGUAAGUUCAGCUGGAUUCCCCAGUGGCGGCUGGCCAGGCUUGACAACAUCCAACGCACUAUCUUCUUCUGCUCCGGUAAGCGCUGGCUUCGAUCUGGGAAUCCAGAAUACGCACCACUAUCUCCAACAACCUCCGGGCAGUGUUCAAGGGGAUCUAGGUGCACACUUCAGUGAUAUGCAUAUCGAUAGGUUCGAACCUGGAGGCCACUACCGGAUGGGCAACAAUGAGGGUAAAUUUGGUGCUAUUGACCGGCACAGUCUGUCCGAGGCCCCUUCCUAUUUCGAAGUGCCAUCUACUAUGCCAAUAGACAUCCCCUCAUCGGUUGCUCCUGUGUCUGGGACCCAUAUCGCGUCCGGUUCGUUUGAGCCUUGUUUCCGGAACAUAUUUGAUGAUCACUUUGAUAUGAACUAGUGUCUGCUCCUUUUGCAUUGUUCUUUCGUGCGAUUCAGGACAAUAUUUGGGGGCAAUGGUUGGUCUGCGCAGGCCAUUCUCAGUUGCUACGAAAUCGAUUUAUCCACGUCAGGCUGUUAAUUAUAUGAUAGAGAAGGAGAAGGUGGGGGGGAGGGAAUAAAGGAAAAGAAAGGCAAGAUACCUCAGCGCUACAAAACGCCAUGAUGAUAUGUUUGCUUUUAUAGUUUGGGACGACAGUUGGGUACAAAAGUUUGAUUACAUUAUCGAAGAAUAGAAAGGAUCAGAAUGAAUAUGAAGGGAAGUGGAUGAUUUUUCAACAGCUUAUCAUCAUCUGCCUUGGCCUAAUUUGCGUCAUUUUUAAUACAUUUUGUGAUGUUUUUCUUUUCUUUUCUUUUUU